GUUAUUAUUAAAAUUAUUGAUCUAAGAGCUGAUUAACAAAUUAAUUAUUUAAUAACAAAAAACAUAGAAAAGAUUUUACUAUUUUUCUUGCAAACAUUUUAAUUAAUGGGUCAAGUAAAUUGCUUAUAAAAUAAUGAUAAGAAUAAGAAUUAAAAACAAAAUCAAUAACUGUCGCCUUAGGAUUUUCAAGAAGAAAGUGAUUUAAAAAAUGCAAAAUUAGUUUUUGAAAUAUAUAAAAAAUUAUGCCUGGAUCUAUUGAAGCCAUUAGAAAAGUUAUUAUAUAAGUUAUAGUACUACUUGUUUAAUAAUGAAAUGUUUUAGAACAAUCAAUCAAAUAUUUAGAUAUAGAAUAAUAAUCCAAUAGAUUAGUCUCUAAUCUUUAACCUCAAAAAGUAAGAAGAAGAAUGGUAUUCAGAGGUAUUGGCUCAUAAAGUAAUUAAGGAAAGCUAAUCGAAGCAAAAUAUGUUAGAUAACUAGAAUAUAUCAAAUGAAUAAUUUUUUAAGUUGGCAAUUGCAGAUAUGAUCAGUUAGAUUAUUUAGAUAAUAAAUAUAGAAGGUCAAUCAGAUUACUAACGCAGAUAAAAGCUAAAUCAAAUAACAAAAGUAGAAGAUUAGUCAGAUAUCAUAUCUAGAUAAAAGAUUAAUCAGAUUAAAAAUGUAGAAGAUUAGUUAGAUAAUGAAUGCAAAUAAAAAUAAUUAAAUAUUUGGUAGAUUCGUAGUUUAGUAAAAGAUAUGGAAGAUGUUUUGCAGUAAUUUUUGUAGAUUCAACAUAAACCAAAAAGUGAUCAUGUCUACAGAAACUGUAAUGAAGAUGAGGAUGAAACAAGUUAAAAUUAUAGUUAAAAUAUGCUAAAUCACUAAGAAAGUUUAGAUGAAACGUGUGAUGAAAGUUAAGAAACAAAAUAUAAAUAAAGAUAAAUUGAUAAAAAAUUUUUGUCAAAAUAUUUAAGUCAUGAAGAUUAAUAAGAAUGGUUUAUUAUUACCCAAAAAAUAGAAAAUAUUCUGCCAAACAAGAAGAAUGUAGACCUAAAAUUAAAAUAAGUAAAUUCUUAGGUAAAAAAGGAAUCAUUUAUUUUGAAAUCAGAGGCUUAGCAAAGUAUGUUUUCUAAUGCAAGUAGGAAGCUUAUGAUUAUAAAUGCUAUUACAAAAUAAGAAAAAAAAGUAGAAAUAGAGAUAUAAAAUUUCCCCUAUUCUCAUAAUGAAAUUAUUAAUGUGCAUCAAAAUAGGAAACAAAUUUUAUUUUAUAACAAAGAUAAAAAGACAGAAAAAGAUAAUUUGCUUUUUUAUAUAAAUUACAAAAAAAUCAAAGGUGAUACUAAUCUUCGAGAAAAAAUCAGACAGUUUAAGUUACAUUUAAAGUUGCUGCAUCCACAUGAGUUAAACAGCUAGAAUAAUUUAAAUCAUUAAAAUUCAGCUGAUCAAAGCUUAUAACCAACUUUUGUUUUUAAUCUUUAUGAACCAUUGUACGUUAUUAAGAUAAAAAACCAUUAACAUGAAAAAAAUGAUAAGCAAGAGUAUUUUUUGGCUUAUAAAUCAGAUGUUUCCUACUUUACAAUGUAGUAAUUUAUUGGAGAAAGCUCAAAGUUGAAAUUGUCUGAAUUAGAAUUUUUAAUUGUAAUAAAAGAUAUGAUAAAAAUUUUAAAGCAGUUAGAAAAGAAUAAAAUAGGACAUAGGAAUAUUUCCACAGAGACCCUGUUAUAUUAUUUUAAAAAUGAAUAAAAAUAAUGGGUGCUUAAGGAUUUGUUUAAAUCACAAAUUAUUGAAGACAUUUAUAAAAAAUAAGAAAUAACAACAAUUUAUGGAAAGAUUGAAUACGUUAGUCCAGAAAUAUCUAAAGAAAUUUAGGCAAAUACUAGUUAUUUUUCAAAAUUUUCUCUCAAAGCAUAAGAUGUUUAUGCUAUGGGUAUUGUUCUUGCAAAAUUAAAACUCUGCCUUAAUUAGCCUAUUUCUGGUGAACAAAUAGAUUAGUUUUUGAUAAACGACAAAGUUCUAAGAAAUAAGGAUCUCAAGGUUUCGGAUUACAUAAUAGGCCUUAUGCUCUCCCCAAAAGAGAAAGAUAGAAUGGAUUUUAAUUAUGAUGAUAUUAUUACUUUGAUAGAAGAAGAAUUUUUUUCUCUUUAUAAAGUUUAUAAAAUAGAAACUGAGCAAAAUCCUUAAAAAGCAGAAAACAAAAACAUUCUUUAAAAUCAUGAUAAAAUCAUAAACUUUUUAUAGAAUGAAGUGACUGAUAAUUAAUUAAAGUAAUACAAUGACUUUUGGGAGGUUUAGAACCUACCAAACUAUGAAGAAAUAGAAAGCUAGUAAAAAUAAGCCAACGAUAUGGAAAGCUCUCAAAUUACAGAUAUUUAUUAAAAGUAUUAAUAUGAUAAAAGUUUCCAAUCAAAUAAAGAAAACGAAGCGUAAGAAAAAGAGAGAAUUGAAAGAGAGAGAAAAGAAAAAAUCGAAAAUGAAAAGAAAGAGUAAAAAAUUGAAUAAAAAAGGGAAAAUAGAUUAAAGAAAUUAUUAGAAUUUUUAAAAUUUAUCAAGAAUUUUAAAAAUAGAGACUAGUAUUAAAAGCUAGCUGAAGAAAUUCUGUUAUUUAUUUAAAAUAAAAUGAAACCCAGCUAAUAAAACUUACAUGAAGAAUUUGAUAUAAUUUAGUAACUUAUUCAGUUACAUGAUGAAAGUUUGGAAUAAAUUGAGAAUAAUUCUAUAAUUGAAGAUUAGCAAAAAAUAGGAGAGGCUAUGUUAAAGAAAUAAAAACCAAAGCUCAAGAUAACUUAGUUCAGAUACUAAACUGUAGAUGAAGAUGAAUACAAUUUAGAAUAAUAGUAAAAUGAAGAGAUAAAAGCUAAAAAUUUAGUGAAUUUGAGAGAAAAAGAGUGCAAAUUAAUAGCAAAACUAAGAUUUAACAUUAUUGAACGUACGUUUAAGUACUAAAAUUUUUUCUAAAAAUUAAAAUAAAAACAAAAAGACAAUGAUUAAGAUGAAAACCAUUAUAAUAAACAUGAAAAAUUAUUCAAAAAAAUUAUUAAUAAUGACUAAAUAGCUGAAGAUUAAGACCAAAACAUUAAUGUUAAAGAAAAUAAAGUUAGGAAAGUAUUAAAUUAUGAAUUCAAAUUUAAAGAUUUUGAGUAAAAUAAAAGUCAAAAAGAUGCUAAAGAUAAAAAACUCUUAAGUUCUGAGUAUAGAGAGAGUAAAAUCGAUAUUUUUGAUCAUUUACCUCUUAAUUAGAAUAUACAACUAUUGAUAAAAUGCUAUGACAAUCUUGUAAUACAUAGAAUUUCUAUGGAAGAUUUUUUAGAUGAUAUUAUAAAAUUGAAGGAGUUGCUCAAAUAAAAUGAAAGAUAAAUUGAUAAUUUAGAUUAAAUAAAUACCCAAAUUUAAGGAUACAUGUGCAAAUGCUAUUAUGAAUUGAAUGAAAAAUAAAAAUCUAAAGAGAUAUUUUAUUAGAUUGAAAAUAAAAUUGAAAAAUAAUUUUGUCGCAUUUUGAGAAGUUAGUAUAUCGAAGAUAUAAGGUACCAUGAGUUUGAUCCGUCUCAAUGGGAUUAAGAAACUGCAAUAGAUGUUUUAAAAUAGAUAUAAAAAAGAGAUAAAAAAAAUUUACAAUAAUAUGUAGAAAUAGAAAUAAGAAUUGCUGAAAUGUAUUUAGAGCUAAAUCCUCCAAACUACCUUGAAGCUGCCUAUAAAUACUAAAAUGCUCUUGCUCUAUUCUAAUAAUUUUCAUAAGAGAUUGAAAUUAAAUAAUUAGAUAUAUUAGAAAAUGUUUCUGAUAUUUACCAAAUUUUGCUUGAAGAAAAAAAGGAUAAAAUUGAUCGUUAUAGAGAUUUAAAAGAUAAAUAACUUGAGUCAGCAAAUGAAAUUAAGAAUUAGGAUUUAAAAAAUGAAAAUAAAUUCUCAAAAAAAGUAGACAUUUUUAAAAAGUAAGAAAAAAACAUAGAUUAUGUAAGUAAAAUUAAAUAAGAAUUAUAUUUUACAGAUCAAUAUGAUAAAGAGAGAGAGAAAUAUAUGAAAUUGGCAAUUGAAAGAGCUAAAGAAUAAAAUCUAAAUUAAAAAGAUAUUAAUUAUUUAAAGAAUAAGCUAAAAACUGGAAAACCAAAUUUAAUUAAAAAAUAGUUAAAAAAAAAUAUUAAAAAUGAAUGA